AAGCAAAUCUACGAUUAAAAACACAAGUGCAUCAACAUAUAAUUUCCAGUCAAGUUUGAUACCGUUGAAUGAUUAGAAAUGGAACAGUACGAAGAGGAUAUUUAUCGAUUAAAUUUAACAAUCAAAAAGCUGAUAUCCAGGAACGAUUUUCUGGAAACCCAAAACGACAAACUAGAAAUCGAAAACCGUGUUUUGGCGGCAGAAAAUUCCCAGCUUAAUGAUGCCAACAUUAGCGUAUCACAGUCCAAUAUGCUGAACAAGAUGCAACUUGAGAAGGAAAUUAGUCAACGGGAGCAGCUGUACGAGGCCAACCAGAGACACAAAGAACGCUACAAGAUGCUGAUGGAUCGUUUUACCGAACAAAGCGAGAAGAUGAAAACAAUGGAACACAGUCUCCGAUCGGCGGCGUCCACGAAAAGGAUCAAUCACGUGCCGGUGGAAAUUAUUGGUAAGGUCUCCGACAUCGGGAAAAGUAAAGAAACCGAAAAACGAUGCUUGGAGCUGCAGAGCAGGUGCGACGAGCUGCGGAAGGACCUAACUGGGGCGUACGCCAUCAUCGAUGAUCUGGAGUUCGAGCUAGAAAGUAUUGACUUCUUGGAGGACGAAAUUGACCGACUGCAGCAGGAAGUCAAACGUUUGAGGUCCAAACUGCGAGAUCAAUCUCCGCUGGCCUCUGAGGGUGCAGCAACCGCCGCUGAACAGUCGGUGUCGGAAAGCACACCGAAGUCAGUAGAGCAUGAUGAUGUGGAUUCCUUGGCAACAAUAAAGAUUCGUUCUGAAGAGGACAAUGUUGACCAUGUGGACAACAGAAGAAAAUCCCGCCGAGACGGACUUCACCGGAAAUUGGAAAGCUUGCACGAGAAACAUCAGAGUGAACAUUACCCAGGGUCAUAGAUUACGGCCACUGAAGCAUAAAAACUGCACCCUCUUUAGUCAUUUAUCCAUAUUUGCACUACGAGGGUCAGGCCACUGCUUGCCGGUGCGGUUUCUCUUCGUUCAAUCAUUAUAUUUAUCCCCCAUCCCAAAUAAACGAACUACCUCAUUA